AUGUCCGUUUCGUCGUUAUCUUCUCUUUCGGACAACGAAACGCCUCUAAGAAGUCGAAGAAAUGAUAUCAAGCUUAACGUUUUCGAAAAAUAUGACGAUAAAGAAUUUCGUGCGCGGUUCCGCGUUUCCAAAGAAACGGUGUUGUAUUUGGAUUCUAUAUUCGGCAGCACGAUAAAACCAGUAACGAAAAGAAAUAUAUCUUUGCAGCCCGUGGAUCAAAUAUUGAUAACCCUUCGGUAUUACGCUACAGGCAGUUAUCAACGAGUUAUAGGGGACAUAUUCCACAUCGAGCAACCGACUGUGCACAGAGUUACAGAAAAAAUAGCGUAUAUGAGAUCACUUUUUAUAAAUAUGCCAACUGCUGAGGAACGUCUAGAAGUAGCAAAUGACUUUUAUGCAAUUGCUGGAUUUCCAAGAGUGAUGGGUGCUAUUGACUGUACGCACAUUAAAAUUAAUUCUCCAGGUACAUAUUCUAAUCAUGAGCUAUACUUAUACUCCUACAUUAUCAUAUCUGUGCCGGACGGGCGUAACUCUCCGGAGUAA